UUUAUUGUAGAACUGUCAGGUAUCAAAUGUUUUACAUGCGAUGAAGGCGGUGACUGUCGAAAACAAAUGGGAGAAGAGAAAUGCCCUGUGGAACCACUACUGAAGGACAGGUGCAUUGAGAUAAUGAACAAUGAGAAUGGACAGGUAUUUGAGAGGAGUUACUUUGAAUUAAAAGCAAUGUAAUCAUUAAUAUCAUAUUAAGGAGUGUUUGUAUAAUUCUAGUGUUUGUCUGCCAAGUCUAAGAAUUCGAAUCCAUUCGGCAAUGCUUGAUUCAAAGUAAAUACAAAACGUUAUAUGCUAUCGUAACUAUUUUUGAUCAAAUGAAGAAUUACUACCCUAGCGAUAAAGAAAAAAAAAUCCUCCCUUCUCCCAUUUUGUGCGUUAAUCAGGAGUGAAAGCAUGCGCAUGAUGCGAGAUAAGAAAUUAUUCUGGCAGGUGAGCGGCAAUCAAUCAAAUUUCUUUAAGUGCAGGUCAUAAGCGAGGAUCAUUUAUUUCCUUGUACACAAUCCGCAAGUCAAAAAACUAUUUAUUUCAUUCAAUUGUGGUGCGCAAAAUGACCAAAGUUUUGGGUACAUUGGAUCUAGAACUCCAUUUGAAUAUGAUCUAAUUGCCUGAAAGGAAUAUGAUCGAUGUCGCAAUUCAUUCCAGGUCGCCAAAGGAUGCGCCAACAUCAGAAUGUGUCAGAAAGCAGAGAAAAAUUGCAAAGAGGUCAAAGAAAGAAGGACUGGGGAUUGUGACGUCACUUGUUGUACAGCUGACCUGUGUAACGCCGGCUCAAAAGGAUCCUCAUCUCGUUGGCUUCACGCGCUCUGCUUUCUCUUCUGUGUGUUGUUCUUACACCUCCUCAAAACUGAUAUGAUAAGCAACGAAUAG